CUUGAGCAUGGCUUCCUGCCCUUCAUCUCUGCUCCUUUCACUUGGUUCUGCUUCGGGUAGAAGCCCGUCCUACGCUCCCCAAGUCGUUCCUGAUGACAAAGUUCGAUGUCUGGCUGUGCAUUACUCAAGCUGCGAUUCUCAAACCAAGUCCCCGAGGACAAGAGAAUGCGUAGCUAUGUUUAACAACAUUACGCGUAGAGACAUUCUCGGGUUAGCUUUCGGAGCCCCAGGCCUCUUCAUGACUUCAUUUCCUGCCAAAGGAGCUGGUUUGCCCCCAGAGGAAAAGCCAAGGCUCUGUGAUGAUACCUGUGAGAAAGAGCUUGAAAAUGUGCCUAUGAUAACUACGGAGUCAGGUUUGCAAUACAAGGAUAUUAAAGUUGGAAGAGGCUCUACACCACCAGUUGGAUUUCAGGUGGCUGCUAACUACGUUGCGAUGGUUCCAUCUGGACAAAUAUUUGAUAGUUCAUUGGAGAAAGGCCAGCCUUACAUUUUUCGCGUUGGCUCUGGUCAGGUGAUAAAGGGACUUGAUGAAGGAAUUUUGGGCAUGAAAAUAGGAGGAAAACGCCGACUAUACAUACCCGGAUCAUUGGCAUUCCCAAAAGGUCUUACAUCUGCUCCAGGAAGACCAAGGGUGGCUCCGAACAGUCCCGUCGUAUUUGAUGUUAGUCUGGAAUAUAUCCCAGGACUUGAACUGGAUGAGGAAUAAAUCAACCCAGUUCUCCAGCAUAUCUUGGUUCCUGUUAUUUCCUUUUGUGAACACAGGAACCAAAAAUUAGAUGAUGCAUCCUUAAUUCAUUGGUUCCAAGAGAGUAAAUGUGUUGUCUGGAAGUGGUGUGUUAUUAAAGAUUAUAUAUGUACACAUGCAACGCAUGCAUGCAUGUUCAUCUGUUUUGGACACUGUACAAUCUGUUUCCAUCUCUGUUGAGGGUAGCAGACAUGAGAAUAGCCUGGGGAUCCUUCACUG